AUGGAUGCAACCUCAGAGUGUGUCGGAGAGUGCCAGUUGCAGCAGACGCUGGCACUCGAGGUCCGUCCAGACACCACCAUUCCUCUGCAGAUAGCUCUUCAGUUGGCGUGGUCUGCCGUGCUAGGCUGUUAUACCGGAUCAAACGACGUGAGCUUUAAUCUUCUUCAUGUCGACGACCAAGCGGCCCAUGCCGACGAUGCCUUCACCUGCAGCACUGUCAGGGUCCAUCUUGCGCGAAACGACUACGCACAGCUAGCAAUGAACAAGUUGUCGCAAACCAAGGGCUCCAUUGAAGACGAACCCUCUGAUACAUUGCUAGCUCUGUGGGCAACAGUAAACAGGAAACAUGCACAACCGAAAUCAGUUCGCCAUGCCUAUUCACAGUAUCAACUCUCCAUCGAGUGUUUACUGACUGACAAUCCGGUGGCGCUGCGAGCCUUCUACAAGGAUGCAACAUGGUCGUCCGCGACGAUUCACUUUAUACUGCAUCAGCUUCGCCACGCAAUCCACCUGCUGAUGACAACACCUUCGGUGCCAGUCUCUGGCUUGCAGACCAUCAGCGCCGAGGGCCGGAGGCAGCUGAUGGACUGGGACACAGCUUCGUUGCGACAGCCCCGUCUUGAGACUGUAUGGGCGACGAUCGAAAAGCGCUGCAGAGAACAACCUACGAGCAUGGCCAUUGAGUCCUGGGAUGGCCGUCUUAACUAUGCUGAGCUGGAGCAACGGGUCUCUGCUGUCGCAGAAAAACUCUCGCAGCUAAUGCUACUGCCAGGCACGUUUGUGGGCUUGCUGCUGGAAAAGUCAAUGUUGUCUACCGUCGUAAUCCUUGGUGUCAUCAAGGCCGGAUGCGCAUUUGUACUCCUUGACGCGUCGCAGCCAAUUUGCCGUCUCAAGGCAAUGUGUACCAUGACAAACGUGGCAAUGGUCGUUGCCAGUCCAAACAACAUCAAAGCAGGCCUAUCCCUCGGGACCAUCUGUCAGUCUACAGACGAGUUCCCAUUAGUACCCUCGGGCGAGAUAUCACAUAGCACACCAGAGCCCAGCAGUCCGUUGUAUGCUGGAUUCACCUCGGGAAGCACCGGCGAACCAAAAGGAUUCGUUAUUCAGCACGACAACUUCAUGAGCGGUCUUGAUGAGUACUGCGCAGGUUUGGAUCUCAAGCCUGACUCGAGAGUGUUUCAAUUUGCCUCGUAUUCAUUCGUGGUCAGCAUAACGGGCCAGUUGGCACCUCUGGCUCGUGGUGCUUGCCUGUGUAUUCCAUCGCAGUUCCAGCUUGAACAUGACCUUGCGGGGGCAAUCCGAGAUUUGAGCGCGGAUUGGAUUGCUAUUACUCCUUCUGCAGCCCGGGUUAUAGCCCCAGGCACCGUGUCGUCUCUGAAGACACUAGUUAUGGUUGGAGAGGAGAUGUCGUCCUCAGACUUGUCCAAAUGGAGCCACCUGAACCUCUACUCGCUCUACGGGCAAUCUGAAAACUCCAAGGGCACCAUGAUUGCGAAGAAAACGGGAAUAGAUGCCGCUGCUGGUAUUGGCAGACCGUAUCAGGCAAAUGCCUGGAUCGUGGAUCCCGAGAAUCACAACGUCCUACUUCCAAUCGGGGCGGAAGGUGAGCUGGUUAUCGAGAGUCCGUGUCUCACCAAAGGAUACAUCAACAACGAAUGCCAGACUGAGGCAUCUUUUGUGACAAAUCUCGAAUGGGUUAAAAGUGUUGGACGAGGAGCCGACGUCUGUGUUUUCAAGACGGGCGAUUUGGCGAAACGCAACGCAGCCGACGGCUCAUUCCAACUUCUCGGGCGAAAGGGCACAAGGAUAAAGAUCCGAGGCCAGCGUGUGGAAUCGGGCGAGGUUGAGCACCAGAUCCGACGACUUCUACCUAUCGCCAAAAGCGUCGUCGUCGAUAUUCUUUGUACCGCCGAAGAUGCGCUCGAGCAGUCACCCAUGCUUGUUGCCUUCAUUGUGACGAGUGAAGCAUCAACCAGCGAUGCGGACGCGCCUCUACUAGCGACGCCGACAUUGGCAUUUCGAAAGCAGUCCUCGCUGUUGGAUGCCUGCUUGAAAGACGUCUUACCAUCGUUCAUGGUCCCAACAGCAUAUGUCGAGUUGGCCGCGCUGCCGAAAACUAGCACAGGCAAACUUGAUCGCCGAAGGAUGCGCGAAGCGGCGGGCGCGUUGACCCGACGAGAGCUGAUUGCGUACUCUAUUCAGCGCACUGCCCACAGAGAGCCACGAUCUGGCAGAGAAACCAUUAUACGGGACCUUUGCGCGGAAAUACUUCAGCUCCCCAGCGAUGAAGUCGGCAUGAACGACACAUUCGUCGAUCUUGGAGGAGACUCAAUUAUGGCACGCCACCUCACCACCCGUGCCAAAACAAGCGGCAUCUCCGUAGAGCUGCGAGAACUCUUUAGACCUGCAACUUUAGCCCAGGUAGCACAAAGCGGCUGCUCCAAGAAGAAUUGCGAAACGCCCAAUGUCGCUGGCAGUCCUGUCGACUUCGUCGCAGCUCGGGAGGACUUUAUGAGUAGAUUUCCUGAACUGUUUCGUCAACAAGACAUCGAAGAUGUAUUUCCCGCUUUGGAAACCCAGGCAGCGUUUGCUUCGAACCGAGUGGUGGAUUGCUUGCCGCUGCACAUUUCCGGGACGGUCGAUGUGAUGCGGCUGCAGCGUGCGUGCCAGGCACUCGUUGCUCGGCACGCGAUUCUAAGUACCGUAUUUCACAUGUCUCGCAAGAUGCUGGUACAAGUAGUCUUGCGCGAGUUACCGGUGCCCUUGUUGAGACAGGAGUGUGACAGCUGGAGCGCAGCUGUACGGUGGGUGGACGAAUACGGGUCGCAGGAGCUGAAGAAGCGAUGCGACAUUGGAAAACCCAUCAUUGGAUUCGUGCUGGUGACAGUCACGUCACAGGCACGCCAUAUUCUUGUCUUGAGAUUAAGCCACGGGCAAUAUGAUGGGUUAUGCUUGCGUCCUCUCAUCCAGGACUUGUGGCAGGCUUAUCGAGGUGUACCUCUUGUGGUAAAGGCAGAAUUCAAGGCGCACGUGUUAGAAUGCUACAGAAGACAAACUGUUGAAGCAUACAAUAUCUGGCGUGGUGUGUUGCAAGGCUCCCACCCACCCCGUCUAUUCCAGCGAGUACCGGCCGCCAACGCCGAGGCCACCAUCUCUCGAACGAGGAGACAGCUGCCCAAGAUCCGCCCGCUUGCGGGAGUGACGCCAGCCAGCAUGGUCAAGGCGGCUUGGUUUGAGGCCCUGCGGCACGAAACAAAGCACGACGAUGCCGUCUUUGGCCAGCUCCAUCACGCGUGGUCCGGCAUCGACGGCGUUAUCGGGCCCUGCAUCAAUGUCAUUCCAGUGCGUGUGCGGCAAUCCCAUGGACUAACGCGACGACAAAUCGUUCAGGCGAUCCAACUCCAGCAUGCUGAAACCGCGUCGGCGAACACGCUAGGCUGGAGUGACAUUGUGUCCAACUGCACAGAUUGGCCUGCGGCGACCGAGGUGGAUUCAGUGGUUCUGCACCAAAACUGGGAUCGCGACAUCCAAGUCGUCAGCGAUGGCAUCAUCUGUAAAAAGGAGAUGCCCAUGUUUUCGGACUGGGCCGUGUAUCCGAUGCUGCUGGUGACGCAUCCAAGGGGGAGCAGGCUGCAUGCGCUGCUUUUAAUGUCGUCGAGAUAUCAAGGGCUGCGGGACCCUGUCAGUAUGCUGAACAAUUUUGCACGGGCACUGGAGCUACUAGAGAGCCACCCAGACGAGAUGUUGGACAGCAAAGGGCUGUGA